CACAAUGGUCUGGCCCUGGACUAGAGCGGGUUGGGGGAGAGUGUGAGAGCUAGGCAGCGCUUUGGAAGCCAGCUGAUCAUUGCGUGUGAUAUUUAGACUGCCACAGAGGCAGAGAGAGGGAGCGUGACAGACAGAGUUGUUGAGAAGGAUAGCGACUAAAAGGAUCUUUCAAAUCAGUCGCCGUCUUAAGAAAAAGUUCCUAAAUAGAACACCAGCGGCAAAGUGAAGAGCAGAGGGAGUGUCUCGUCUCUUCGGGGGGAAGUUGCUUACUAAUAUGAUGAAGAACGCGGUCUAGAGGAGCUACUGCCACUCGAAGAUCCGGAGACUGGUUGAUUGUGUCGUCUUCGUGAGGCAGAGAAGAUACCAGAAACGACCGGUUAACCAUCACAGACAGAUCUCACUACUGACUCGACUCAGUCAGAAGGAGGAAGCCAAACACAUUGUCAUUGUUGAGGAUGUCUUGGCUGUCACCGGUGUCUUGGGCCAAGUGGACCUGGACCGCAGUCCGGGGAGCAGGGGAGGGAGAAAGCGCUGAUGAGGAGGAGGGCCUGGAGGCAAAGGAGAAGGAUGCACGACUCCCCAGUUAUAGGGAGCAAGAGGAGGAGGUGGAAGACAGAUCUCAAGGCUACAGUUCGGACUCAGAGGGCCACUUCGAAACCCCCGAGGCUCAGAGCCCUGUCCACCCACCACUCAAAUCCCCAGGAGAGCUGGAGACCAUCAUCACCAGCCGAGCAGCAGAUGCCCUGGAUGAACAUGAUGAGCAGUUGAUGGUUUCUGGCCCAGCCGAGGAUCCAGCUCCCAGCCUCCUCAUUAACCAGAACAUGGUUCAGUCUGAGCACUGCUUGGCCCCUGAGGAGGAGGUCCCCCUGGAACCUAAGGAGGGGCCCGAAACACUACAAAAUACAGUAAUCUCAGAAAUUCAACCUGCGGCAGAACCACCAGCACAGGUCAAUGGAGGAGAAAUGGCCCCUGCGGCUCUGGACCUAGGCCUACCUGAGGAAAAGCCACUGGCAAGCAAUGAUGAACCAGUUUGUAACGGUUCCGCUGGUGAGAUUAUCCCUGAACCACAGGCCAUAACCAACACAACCAAUACAAUCACUACCACCCGUAAGACCAAGGCCCCUUCCCUGAAGAUAAAGGGAGUCCUGAACGGGGCUAGUGCAGAAGGGGACGCAGACAGUGACAUUCCAUUGGUUAAGGCUAGCUACAACUUUGACCCGGACCAGUUGGAUGAAAGCUUCAACCCGUUCGCUAGUGGUGGUUCCAAGAUCCCCAACUCCCCGACAGCUUUCGCAGCCGAUGCACUGCCCACACUUGAGUUCCUACCUGAACAAAGCUCCUCUCUGCAGCUUUGCGGGCCUAGUUCUUCACCCAAAAUGGACGUGGAGGAGGUCAAAGACAUACCAUCAGGGGAGCCCAAGCCUGUAAAGAUGGAGUUUGGUUUAGAUGAGACAGGUGGUAUGAAAAAUCCACCUCCCAGGAAGCUGGGUAAAAAGCCUGGCAGCAGGCUUUCCUCCAAGAAAACAAGGCCCAAGGCAACAACAACAACAAUGACAUCUGCCCCGACACCUGUGACCGAACUGACAGUAGUCGAACCAAUAGCAAAGCCUAUUCCAGAAAUGACUUCUGAACCGCUUUCUGCACCAGGGGCCUCAUUAAGUUUGGAUGACAUUCCUAUUCCAAAGUCCACUUAUAACUUUGAUCCUAACCAGUGGGAUGACCCUGAUUUUAACCCCUUUGGCAGUGGUGGUAUCAAAAUGAGUAGUUCCCCGGUUUUGCCCAAAGGAUCCAAUAACUUUGAUCCCCAAAACUUUAAUGACUCUGCGAAAGCCCUAAGCAGCAACAACUCAACCUCCCAAAAUACCCUGCCAGCAGAGGAUGCAAUGAAACCUAAGCCACAGCGCCCCCUGGAUGAGGAGAAGAGAACACGUCAGACUCCAAAGAAAAACAAAGACAGGAUCACUGCGAAUUCGUGUAAAGUGAAGAAGUAUGAAAACAAUUCCCUGGUCCUAGAUGUCUGCAAUCAGGAAGAGGAUGCAGUUGUGUCACAGGUACAAGAAACGCCCCAUCGUGUUCGGCACGCCACAGAUGAGGAGAAGCUUGCCUGCAGCGUUAUAAAGGGCCAGAAAGCCAUGGAGGAGGACAGAGUGGAGGAGAAUGACACGGGAGAAAGGGAGUUGGAGGAGGACUCAGCAUGUGUCAAAGGCCCGACCACAACAGCAUGUGCAAACAACCAGGCACUGCUGGAGGGGACACAGGCGAGGAUAAAACACACGGAAGAGAAGGACAUUUGUGCUUCGAAAGAGCUGUCAAUCACCCCAGAGUCAGAGUGGACGGGUUGCGAGGGUUACAGUGCCAAAGGCUCCCUGGACACCAUAUUGUUAAAUGAAAUGGACAAAGCAGCUGUUCUCACCUUGAUCAGAGAGGAGAUAAUUACUAAAGAGAUAGAAGCCAAUGAAUGGAAGAGAAAGUAUGAAGAGAGCCACCUGGAGGUGCUAGAGAUGAGGAAAAUAGUGGCAGAGUAUGAGAAAACAGUUGCACAAAUGAUUGAGGAUGAGCAGCGCAAGAGGAGCGUCCUGGGCUCCCAGAAGAGUCUCCAGCAGGUGACCCUGGAGCGGGAUCAGGCCUUGGCCGACCUUAACUCUGUGGAGCGCUCGCUGUCUGACCUCUUCAGACGCUACGAAAACAUGAAGACUGUCCUGGAAGGCUUUAAGAAGAAUGAAGAGGUUUUGAAGAAGUAUGCCCAAGAAUACUUGGUCCGCGUCAAACAGGAGGAACAGAGAUACCACACGCUGAAGAUACACGCUGAGGAAAAACUAGACAAGGCAAAUGAAGAUAUAGCUCAGGUGCGUGCAAAGGCUGAUUCAGAGAGUGUGGCUCUUCAUGCCAGUUUGAGGAAGGAGCAGAUGAAGGUGGACUCCUUGGAGAGAGCACUCCAUCAGAAGAACCAAGAAAUCGAGGAGCUCACAAAGAUUUGCGACGAACUAAUAGCAAAGCUGGGAACAUCAGACUAAUUCCUGAGAACAUAAACAUUGAAGUUGUUGGAUGUACAGUCCCACCAACAUCUCUCUACUCUGUCGUGCCAUUGCAGCCAAGGCCAACCAAUCCUUAUUGGAGCUAGCUGGUAAAUGGCCUUACACACUUUAACCCAAAUCUUUCCCUGACUGGAAUAAAUAAACACAAAAAACUGUGUAAACCUCUACAGGAUAGUAUAGAAUAUUUUCUCUUGUAUUCACCAGUAUUAUUGUUCCAAUUUAUAAUGCAAAUGUAUGGCUUUUUUGAGCUCUUACUUAAGUCCAAUUCUUAACUUUUGCAUAUAUUAAGGAUUGGUACUAAGUUAUAGACAUACUGUGGAUUUUUAUCAGUUUCAGUGGAGACUAUGAAUGGGCUGGAUUCAAUCCAUACCAAAGAAAUUCGGGCUUACAUCAUAAUUGAAAUUUAAAGUUAAUGUUCCCAUGUUAGUGGACCCACAUUUGCAGUGAAUACUGCCUAUAUCUGAAAAUUACCAUUACAUUUCGAUGUGCAAUCGAAAAUACUAGGUGAGAAAUAUGCUAGUAACCUGUUGUGUUGCUUAUGGUGUGGUGUUUGUAAAGUGUAAAAAACAGACACUGUGUGUGUUACAGAUAGGUUGGGUUUUUCUGAUCUGAGUCAAUGCUUUGGUGCCUCAUUUCACUAUCACAGGUUAACACUCUAUAGUCAUUCUGCUGCUAUUCUAAUUGAAGAUAGAAAGUGAUAGUAUUUUACAGAGUGCAUAUGAUCUACUCUCCUGGUCCCUUUCUGUUCAUAAGGCAAAGCAUUUCGGGGUAUUAUCAGAAUAACGAUAUAUGUCGGAUCAUUUGCAGGGGUAUAACUGAGGUCAGUUUCGGGAUCAAGAGAUUGCUUUUAUUUUCAUAUAACUACAUUGGUCGGUUCUUGGUAUUUCUAUUGAGGUCAACUUCAGACCUCAGUUUGUGGUCAAUGAUCUGUUGUUACGUUAUAUAUAUACUUUAAUGAGUAAGUUGGUUAUAAUUUGAAGGCAAGCUUCAUGUAUAAAGCAUAUGUCAACGUAUGUAUUUUGUUAUAGUUGUUAUUGGUGUUGUUAUUACCAUCAGAACUCCAAUGAUUAGCAUUGUUUGUACUGUCAAAAAUAACUUAAAGUCUCUUAGAUGUGUUCAAAUGUGUUCACAUUUCCAGAGGGGUACUUGCUUUUGUUGUUUAACAAAUGUUUUGUUCUACAGGCUUUAAUCUUUCUUUCUUUCCCCUCAGUUGACAUAGCCCAUACUGUAACAAAAGCAGAGUGGGAUGCUCUGACAUACAUUUUAGCACUUAAAAUUACAGCAAUAGCUUAACCUAUUCAUCAGGUAGUGACAUAUCUUAUGAUUUUUGUUUUGCUUUGUUUAAGAAUAAUUUAAAAGGGCCAUCUUUUUUCUUUUAGCUAGACACACGAUUGGAAGAUAUGUUUAUUAGAUUUGCUAAGUACAGUGCAGCUUAAUUUCCAUCAUCAUCAUUAUACUUUAAGAAAUUGUUAACUUUCCCUCGAAGCAUCACUGUGACAGUUGGAGGCUCUGAAUCUAACUUUUCCACUAAGCACCACUAUCAGUGGCUGUAAACAGUAAAUGUACAUGUUCUUGCUUGGAUAUAUGCUCCAAAAGCUUGUGAAGCAGAAGGAUGAUUGGUUUUUUCAGCAACCAGUCAGAUAACUGUUGAAACAGCUCAAAAGUGGUAUAGUUGGAAAAAUAAUAGUAGAUUGGACUUUCUGUUGAAACGAAGAAAGUAAAUUAGUUGCCAAGCGUAUUAACUGACUGCUUAAUGUAAUAACAAUGUCUAGGACUAACUCAGACAACUUGAAGUCAUUUUAACAUUAUCGUCACUCAUCUGUACAGCACAAUCAACUGCCAAAUGUUAUUACUGUGCCAAAUCUAAGGCUGUUUGAAGCUGCUUUCAAAUGUAUAUUGCUGCAGUAUGAGUCCAUUUUAUAUUGUAUGAAAAUAUUUUAUUUUAAUGUCUAUAUUUUUAAAUUGGUGGACCGAAAUGUAAACAGAUUGAUUGGUGUUCACUGUUAUAUAUUUUGUGCAGAAGGCUUUCGCUGAAUAAAGGUUAUGAUGAUUAUAUGUA